GAUCAUCAGAUCCCCACAUUCUUCGCCACAAGAAGCUCUCUCCCUUCUCACCACCUUCAUUUUCUUCCGCCCCCUCUCUCUCUCUCUCAUCUUUCUCUCUCCCCAAACAAUUCCCACGAACCCAUCUCAAGGGUGUUGGUAAGAAACAAAGAUGGUGAAGAUUUGUUGCAUUGGGGCUGGCUAUGUGGGGGGCCCAACCAUGGCUGUGAUUGCCCUCAAGUGCCCGGAUAUCGAAGUGGCGGUUGUCGACAUCUCUGUAGGCAGGAUCAAUGCCUGGAACAGUGAUCAAUUGCCUAUCUAUGAGCCAGGCCUUGAUGAGGUGGUGAAGCAGUGUAGAGGGAAGAACCUUUUCUUCUCCACAGAUGUGGAGAAGCAUGUUUCUGAGGCAGACAUAGUGUUUGUUUCAGUCAACACACCAACUAAAACUCAGGGGCUUGGAGCUGGCAAGGCAGCUGAUCUGACUUAUUGGGAGAGCGCUGCUCGAAUGAUUGCCGAUGUAUCCAAGUCUGAUAAAAUUGUUGUUGAGAAAUCGACAGUCCCUGUGAAGACAGCUGAGGCCAUAGAAAAAAUUCUGACCCACAACAGCAAGGGGAUCAACUUCCAGAUUCUAUCCAACCCAGAAUUCCUUGCUGAGGGAACUGCAAUUCAGGAUCUUUUCAAUCCAGAUCGGGUCCUCAUAGGAGGUAGGGAGACACCUGAGGGUCAGAAGGCAAUCAAGGCACUGAGAGAUGUAUAUGCCCAUUGGGUCCCUGUGGAGCGUAUUAUUUGCACCAAUCUUUGGUCUGCUGAGCUCUCAAAGCUCGCUGCCAAUGCCUUUUUGGCACAGAGGAUCUCUUCGGUUAAUGCCAUGUCAGCUCUCUGUGAGGCCACUGGCGCAGAUGUCACUGAAGUGUCUCAUGCUGUUGGUAAGGACACAAGAAUUGGGCCCAAGUUCCUGAACGCCAGUGUUGGUUUCGGUGGCUCCUGCUUCCAGAAGGAUAUCUUGAACUUGGUAUAUAUCUGUGAGUGCAAUGGGCUUCCUGAGGUAGCAAACUACUGGAAACAGGUCAUUAAGGUGAAUGACUACCAGAAGACCCGCUUUGUUAACCGGGUGGUUUCCUCAAUGUUUAACACAGUCUCUGGCAAGAAGAUCGCCAUUCUAGGCUUUGCCUUCAAGAAGGACACUGGUGACACAAGGGAGACCCCAGCCAUUGAUGUGUGCAAGGGGCUGUUGGGUGACAAAGCCCAUUUGAGCAUAUAUGACCCUCAGGUUUCAGGGGAGCAGAUUCAGAGGGAUCUUGCAAUGAAGAAGUUUGAUUGGGACCAUCCAAUUCAUCUUCAACCCUUGAGCCCCACCUCUGUGAAGCAAGUCAGUGUGGUCUGGGAUGCCUAUACUGCUACAAAGGAUGCCCAUGGAAUCUGCAUCCUGACCGAGUGGGAUGAGUUCAAGUCCCUUGAUUACAAGAAGAUCUAUGACAACAUGCAGAAACCCGCAUUCGUCUUUGAUGGGCGGAACGUUGUGGAUGCAGAGAAACUGAGGGAAAUCGGAUUCAUCGUUUACUCCAUUGGUAAGCCAUUGGAUGCAUGGCUCAAGGACAUGCCCGCUGUGGCAUAAAGACCCAGAAGGAGAAGCACACAAUCUGGUGUGCCAUGGGGCUGGUUGAGGGUUUAGAAUCCAUAUCUGAGAGAAGUAUGAAGUUUGAUCAUCCUAUAUCAUUUUUCCUUCCAUUUUGCCUUAUAUUUCUUCUAGUUCCGGGGCUCUGUUUCUUAAGCUUUACUUUGUAUAAUGGAUUCCAUGACACACUGGUGUCUGAAUCUCUGUCUAGCUAAUAGAUAGCCUGAAUUUGUUGUUAACUUUGUUCCAAUGUAAUAAAUCAUAAGUCAGAAGAUUAUGUAUCCAUUUUCUCUGUUUACCCCACCAAUAUCAUUUAUACAUCCAGAAAAUUUUCUCAGCAGAAGAAUGAAGAUUAUGGAUUGUUUCCUGGAAAAA